CCGCGCAGGGCCCGGCCGCGGCGGCGGCGGCGCCCGGCCCCCUCCCCCGGCGCCGGCCAAGUGAGGCGGUGAUGCGGGCGCUGGCGGCCCCGGCUGCGCCGAGAGCGGAGACACAGGCUCAAGAUGGCAGAUGCCGACUGAGGCUGGGGGGGCCGAGACCGCGCGCCGCGUUCCCUUCCCCGGUGCCAUGAACCGCGGACACCCCGGCCCCGAUGGCCCCCGUGUACGAAGGUAUGGCCUCGCAUGUACAAGUUUUCUCCCCUCACACCCUUCAAUCAAGUGCCUUCUGUAGUGUGAAGAAACUGAAAGUAGAGCCGAGUUCCAACUGGGACAUGACUGGGUACGGCUCCCACAGCAAAGUGUACAGCCAGAGCAAGAACAUACCACCUUCUCAGCCAGCCACCACAACCGUCAGCACCUCCUUGCCGAUCCCAAACCCAAGCCUACCUUACGAGCAGACCAUCAUCUUCCCAGGAAGCACUGGGCACAUAGUCGUAACAUCAGCAAGCAGCACUUCUGUCACUGGGCAAGUCCUCGGAGGACCACAUAACCUAAUGCGGCGAAGCACUGUGAGCCUUCUUGAUACCUACCAAAAAUGUGGACUCAAGCGUAAGAGUGAGGAGAUUGAGAACACGAGCAGUGUGCAGAUCAUCGAAGAGCACCCACCCAUGAUUCAGAAUAAUGCCAGUGGGGCCACUGUAGCCACUGCCACCACCUCAACUGCCACCUCCAAGAACAGUGGCUCCAACAGUGAAGGGGAUUAUCAGCUCGUCCAGCAUGAGGUGCUGUGCUCCAUGACCAACACUUACGAAGUUUUAGAGUUCUUGGGCCGAGGGACGUUUGGGCAAGUGGUCAAGUGCUGGAAACGGGGCACCAAUGAAAUUGUGGCCAUCAAAAUCCUGAAGAACCACCCUUCGUACGCCCGGCAGGGUCAGAUUGAGGUGAGCAUCCUGGCCCGCUUGAGCACUGAGAGUGCUGACGACUACAACUUUGUGCGGGCCUAUGAGUGCUUCCAGCACAAGAAUCACACCUGCUUGGUCUUUGAGAUGUUGGAGCAGAACCUUUAUGACUUUCUGAAGCAAAACAAGUUUAGCCCCUUGCCCCUCAAAUACAUUCGCCCAGUCCUCCAGCAGGUAGCCACAGCCCUGAUGAAACUAAAGAGCCUGGGUCUUAUCCAUGCCGACCUCAAGCCAGAAAACAUCAUGCUGGUAGAUCCAUCCAGACAGCCCUACAGAGUAAAGGUCAUUGACUUUGGUUCCGCCAGUCACGUGUCCAAGGCCGUGUGUUCCACCUACUUGCAGUCCAGAUACUACAGGGCCCCUGAGAUCAUCCUUGGCUUACCAUUUUGUGAGGCAAUUGAUAUGUGGUCCCUGGGCUGUGUCAUUGCAGAGCUGUUCCUGGGCUGGCCGCUAUAUCCAGGAGCUUCAGAGUACGAUCAGAUUCGGUAUAUUUCACAAACACAGGGAUUGCCAGCUGAAUAUUUAUUAAGCGCAGGGACAAAGACAACCAGGUUUUUCAACCGUGACACAGACUCACCGUAUCCUCUGUGGAGGCUGAAGACGCCAGAUGACCAUGAAGCAGAGACAGGGAUUAAGUCGAAAGAAGCAAGGAAGUACAUUUUCAACUGUUUAGAUGACAUGGCCCAGGUGAACAUGACAACAGAUUUGGAAGGAAGUGACCUGUUGGUGGAAAAGGCGGACCGGCGGGAGUUCAUUGACCUGCUAAAGAAGAUGCUGACCAUAGAUGCUGACAAGAGAAUCACUCCCAUCGAGACCCUGAACCACCCCUUUGCCACCAUGACGCACUUACUCGAUUUUCCCCACAGUACACAUGUCAAAUCAUGUUUCCAGAACAUGGAGAUUUGCAAACGUCGGGUGAAUAUGUAUGACACGGUGAACCAGAGCAAAACCCCUUUCAUCACCCACGUGGCCCCCAGCACGUCCACCAACCUGACCAUGACCUUCAACAACCAGCUGAACACUGUCCACAACCAGGCUCCCACCUCCACCAGUGCCACUAUUUCCUUAGCCAAUCCCGAAGUCUCCAUACUAAACUACCAAUCUGCACUCUACCAGCCCUCAGCGGCAUCCAUGGCUGCAGUGGCCCAGCGGAGCAUGCCCCUGCAGACAGGAACAGCCCAGAUUUGUGCCCGGCCUGACCCCUUCCAGCAAGCUCUCAUCGUGUGUCCACCCGGCUUCCAAGGCUUGCAGGCCUCUCCCUCGAAGCAUGCUGGCUACUCUGUGCGAAUGGAAAAUGCCGUUCCCAUCGUCACCCAAGCCCCAGGAGCUCAGCCCCUCCAGAUACAACCUGGUCUGCUUGCCCAGCAGGCCUGGCCAAGUGGGACCCAGCAGAUCCUGCUUCCCCCAGCAUGGCAGCAGCUGACUGGGGUGGCCACGCACACUUCGGUGCAGCACGCCACUGUGAUUCCCGAGACCAUGGCGGGCACCCAGCAGCUCGCCGACUGGAGGAACACGCAUGCUCAUGGCAGCCAUUACAAUCCCAUCAUGCAGCAGCCUGCGCUAUUAACUGGUCACGUGACCCUCCCAGCAGCCCAGCCCUUAAAUGUGGGCGUGGCCCACGUGAUGCGGCAGCAGCCAACCAGCAGCACCUCCUCUCGGAAGAGUAAGCAGCAUCCGUCCUCUGCCAGAAACGUGUCCACCUGUGAGGUGUCCUCCUCGCAGGCCGUCAGCUCCCCUCAGCGGUCCAAGCGAGUCAAGGAGAACACGCCUCCGCGCUGCGCCCUGGUGCACAGCAGCCCGGCCUGCAGCUCCUCUGUCACGUGUGGGUGGGGCGAUGGGGCCUCCAGCACCGCCCGAGAGCGGCAGCGGCAGACGAUUGUCAUUCCUGACACCCCCAGCCCCACGGUCAGCGUCAUCACCAUCAGCAGCGACACGGACGAGGAGGAGGAACAGAAGCACGCCCCCACCAGCACUGUCUCCAAGCAGAGAAAAAACGUCAUCAGCUGUGUCACGGUGCACGACUCUCCUUACUCUGACUCCUCCAGCAACACCAGCCCCUACUCCGUGCAGCACCGUGCUGGGCACAACACCAACACCUUUGACACCAAGGGGAGCCUAGAGACUCAUUGCACAGGGAACCCACGAACUAUCAUCGUGCCACCCCUGAAAACCCAGGCCAGUGAAGUGUUGGUGGAAUGUGACAGCCUAGUGCCAGUCAAUACCAGUCACCACUCGUCCUACAAGUCCAAGUCAUCCAGCAAUGUGACCUCCACCAGCGGUCACUCUUCAGGGAGCUCGGCUGGAGCCAUCGCCUACCGACAGCAGCGGCCAGGACCCCCCUUCCAGCAGCAGCAGCCUCUCAAUCUCAGCCAGUGCCUUACCGACCGACAGACGCGGUGUGAGGGUUCACUUCCAUGGUACUCCAAGAAGCUGACUGAGGCGAGUCAGAUCAUCUCAGCUCUUCUUUUGUGCUGUUGUAACAUUUUACUCUGGUCUUUACCUCUUUUUUUUUUUAAUUUAAAUUUUAUUUCGUUGUAAUACCCGUGGUCUUUCUGGAGCUGUUGGCCAGCAGAGGCGUGGCAGGGAGGUGGCCGGGGCUGCGAGAACCCGCGAUCUGGAGAGAGAUGGGCAGACGGGGUGAAUCUGAUCACCGUGGUGGUUUUAGCCUUUCCCCUGCAGACAGAGAGCAAGAGAGCCUCCCCGCCCUGUUCCCCCGCCCCGCUCUUCCCCCAGCUUUCCGCCCUGGGGCCGGCUCCGCCACCUGUGUCACCCGAAGUCCCAUCUCUGUGGGAGGAACCUCGGCCUUGCCGGCGGCUCCCUCCUUCUUGGUAUGGAAGCGGCAAAGGAGAGAGGCCACCGCAGCCUCCUGCCCAGCACAGCCUUCCCGUGGCCGCCUGCUGGGCGAGAGGCGGCCUGGGGCCCAGCCUGUGCUCGGGCGCACCCCGCACUCACCCGCGCAGCGCAGCCCUCCCUCUGGUUCCAUCCGCUGUGUUCUGCUCUCACAGUUUUGCCGGACCCUUCCCUCUGACAACCACCAUCAACCUUCAUUUGCUGCUGAAUCUUUCCUCAUAUUACCCAGGCCUCCCAAGACAUGACUUUGUUUCCUAUUUUAGAGGGGUCUGGUGGGCAGAAGUUUGGAGGGACGUUUAUGAGGGUCACCAGGGGGUCUCACACUGCACUUUGGAAAACAUUCCCUCAGCCGUUAAGUUUCCACAGAAAUUUGCCCUUUGGCCUUUUUGCACCUUUGAAACUCGUUGGAAGUUUCCUCCGGCUUUGAUCACUGCUGGAGGCGGGGUGGGGGAAGGUCUCUUCAUUCAUAGCAAACUACUCUUAAUAUGCGAACAUUGGGAGACUCUAUCUGGUCAUAGUCUGGGCUUUAAAGUGUGGUCCUAGUUGUUUUAUUUUCAAUGCUGAGUCCUUAACUGACCCCAAAGCCAAGUUUCUAAGGUGCAAAGAGGUUACUCCUAGUUUUGAGGGUCCAUCCUCAUCUCCGCACCCCUCCACCCCACUCUGCUGUCUCCCUUAACGAUCUACUGUGAACAGUGUUUUUAUGAUUUCCAACUAGUUGAGUAACGAAGCCAAGCUCUAUUACCUUAGCUCUUAGCUGUGAAAUGUGAAGUAACUCUGGAAAUAUCCUCUCCCCAACCAUAAAUUCUACUUAUCUUACAAAGAAGUAGGUCCCCAAACUGGAACCAGCUUAGGCCUCAGGCUGGAAGGACACCAGGACCCACUAGAGGUGGGUACCCUCAGGCAGCCUGUCAGGGGCCAGCCAGUGAGAGGGUCACAGCAGGGCCAGAUGCCCCUCUUGUGAUAAGUACAUCUUUAUCUGGAGGUGGGGAAGUGCCGUCAUUCUGAGACUACAGGAAAAUGGCCAGUCCAGGGAGGGUAGGGGGUAAAGCCUUUGGAGGACACGGGAGCCAGAGCCUUAGAGCCGCCAGCCUGGAAAAUCCGUCUCUUCCAGAUUUUUGGCAGCCAGAUGGCAGCGAUACCCCAUCAGAGCUACUCACCCAGUCACAGAAUUCUUGGCUGCAGAUGAGCCUCCGUUUGCCUUACUGGAUAGCAAGCAUCCUGGAUCCCUUUGCACAGCUCACUUCCAGCCCUUCCUAGAACUGAUCUUUUAUGGGAAAUGACAACAUAGCCUUCCAUUCGAAAUAAAAUUGUAAGUUAGAAGUUUCUUACCCUUUUACCUGACAUUUUCUUUCUUUUUCUUCCAGAUCAGGAAUAAAGUUCCAUGCUGCUCAUAAAGAUAAUAUUAUUGUACUAAUUAUUUUGGUUAUUACCAUUGUAAUUAUUAUCAUUAUCAUCAUGUUGAUAUUUUUAUUGGGGUUUUAAAUGCACAUUUAUUCCAAGUAUCUUUGUGUUUUCUCCUUAAUAUUUAAACUUAUUAUAUCUGUGAGUGUAUGAGUAGACAAGAAGGACAUGUAGUUUUGUCAAGCCAAAAAAAAAAAAAAAAAAGGAAAAACCCAGGCAUUAGGCCUUUUUUUCCUGUCAUCUCUCUUCCAUAAAGAACUAUCUAGAAAGAUCCACCAUAGAACAAAAGUUUGAAGGAGAAUCAGGCCUUUUUUCCCAUACUAGCCAGAUUGGGCUCUUGACAACAUGGUCACCAUCAAUAUUGUAUUUUUCUGGAUUCUCAGCAACCUGGGCAGAGAUCUGAGGAGGCAUCUCCUGGGCUGACCCCUGGGCUAUGGUCCCUUCCGCAUCCCCCAGCUCUCCUGUGCUUGUGAAGCCUGCUAACCAGGUUCUUGGCUUACCUCACAUCUGAUAUUUACCUGUCCAGCAGAAUAAAAGCCCUCUGCCCAGCUGACCAAACCACUUUCCUAACAGUCCUCCCUUUCGCUUCAGUGCCCCAGGAAUGUGGCUUACGUCCUUCAGUGCAGGGAUAAUUGUCCCUCCUAGAAGCCAAUGGAAUCAUGAGCUGAUGUAAGUUUAUUAGGCAAAUGGCACCUUCCCCAGGGAGUUCCGGCCUCACUUUCCCUCCGUCUGCUCACUAACCACCAUGCCCACUGCCUCCAUCUCCCUCUCACCCCCGCAAUGCAUCUUCUCAGCAUGCAAUUCUAGGGACAAACUAGCAAGCCAAAAGAAUGUGGAGGGAUGGUAAGAUGCCAGAGGAACACUGACAAGGUCCAGCAGCUGCUCAGACAUUGCAGGCCACCCCCGCCCAAAAUUGUUGGCCUGUGGAGGGGCACAGCAGAGCCUCACAGCCAUCCUCCCAGGAUCUGACUGUUCCCUCAGUGCACUGCGCUGUAUGCGACAGGCUUUUCUAGUCAGCUUGAGGUGUCCACACACCGCCCUUCAAACCCAGAAACUGUGAGCCCUGGGUUAGAAUGGCUGGUUUCGCUGAAGCUUACAAAGGGAUAUGUCAGGCAGUGUCCAGCCCUGCAGAUGCUCAGCAGCCAUUAGUGCAUGCUCCCAUAGACCCCACGUGCCUUCCUCUUCUCACAGAGCUGUGGGACUGGGAGCCCCAAGAAAAGACCUUACUGGGGGAGGCCAGGCUCCCUGUAUACUCACCACUUGCCUGGAUCUCCCAGCCAGUCCUCCAACUUUGAGUCACCCUGGCAAAUAGGAUGAACAAUAGCCUGCCCGUCCCUGGGACCAAGCUCUCAAGUAGGUAGAUGCCAACCUAGUCCUUAAACCGCAAAUAACCUAGAGCGUCAUCUGUUCUUCAACUGGCUCCAUCCUUUACUAAAGAAACGUAGGUGAGACUAAGAGGGGAAGAUUUAACAGGGCAGGUCAAGGAGAACCAUGUAAUGGGAGCCUUAGGAACCACAGGUCAAUACGCUGUGCUUGGUGGGUUCUUGCUGACCUGUCUGGGUGUUUGACCCUUGUCUCUGCGCUAGUGCCUCAUUCAUGAUGUUUGGCUGUUUCCAAGGGAAGGGGUGAGCAGGCUGAUGGGUGGGAGAGUUUGAGGCUUGAAGCCAAUUAAUACUGUGAAGUGGAGCAGGUGGUUGAUCGAAUUCAGAGGGAAAGGAAGGGUUGUCUCCUGGACCAAAUUUGCAUUCUGGCCUUACUGGCGGUGAGUGGCUUGCAGGCUGUGGGAGCCAGCUGGCCUUGUCCUCUUCCCCCUGGAAGACUCAACCCGCCCAAACACCAGAUUGUGGGACCUAAGGAGGGAAGGUGAGAUUAUCCCAGCUGCCAACAGGCCAAUUUCCCUUGACCAGAUCUUUGGAAUUGCAAACACUCAUUUUGAACAAGCUUGUGGUGGAGGAUUUGGGGUGUGUGAGUGUGUGUGAGUGGAGCAGACGUUCUUGGAAACUGGAGGAAGGAGAUGAGGAGGCUUGCGGAGCUGUUACUGAUGGGCUGAGGUUGAUGAAACGAGGGGCACUCGUUCGUGGGGCAAGGCGGCAUGUGGGGCUCUGGCUGGCUCUUGUGGUUGCUGUUAGGGACAGAAAAUGGAAAGAAGAAAAUAACCAGGUGCCCUCAAGUAGCAGCGCAUUCACCAGAGAGGGGAGGCUCCCUCCUACAGGCCUGGCCUGGGCCUCCGUGACACUAGCCGAGCCAUUUCGCAGGAAGCAUUGCAGCCCCUGGGACUUCGCAGACUUCUCUCCUUGCCUGUCUUUUCUUUCUGAUGCAUCUUAUGGAUUUCAGAUGGGGAAGCCUCAAAACUGAGCAGGCCAGAGAUGUCCUUACCAAACCAGAAAGGAGGCUGAAGCCGUUCCUUUCUUUAGCCAAAGAACCCUUCUGAAAGGCACCUCCAGAUGUGUACUAAUGGCAUUCCUGUCUUCCCUUUCUGGGCAAUAAUGACAUUGUUAGUGAUGCAAUUCCAUUUGCCUUGCUCUUUCCUCUCUAGCCUGACUUUUUUUUUUUUUGCUUUUAUUUCAAAACUGUACUCAUCUUUUAAGAGGAGUGGGUAUUUGUAAAUGCUGCUGCUAUUGGGAGACUGAGGCACUGCACGAACACUUGGGCUUAACUAACUCAUGUUACCACGCACGGCAACCGGAGUAGCCCUUCUUCCUGGAAGCUCAGCUGCGUCAGGGGCUUAAAACCUGCUGGAACUGGGCUGGGGAUGUCAGUACUUUUCCACUUUGAUGCCUUAGGACUCUCCUUCUAACCUCCACAGACAAGAGAGUAAAAUCUCAGUCGGGCUGCUAGAGAAUUGAAGGUGGCAAAAGGACAUUGAAAUGCAAUAGAAAACUUCCAAAGGCUUUUGGACCCAUUGCUCACUACGGUGCCCCCACCCAGCAGAGGUUUCUCACAUCUUUCUUGCAGUUGCCAGAAGUUUGAAAGAGCCACCAGAUCCAAGCCAGUUCUUCACUUCAGACUCGCAGUUUACAGAGAAGUGGCUCUCCUGCAGGGCACCCUUCCCAGAACACCUGUACUGGAGGGGCUCUUCCUGAUUCCCCAGCUCAAAUCCCAGAGCCUCUGAGAGCCCCUGAUCUCAGACCUCUGCAUUUAUAUCAUGCUGACCCUCUCUUAUUUGUUAAAACUUGCACAGUACCCCAAGUAGGUAACAGCCAACAUUCGGUGAAUGUUUUCUGAAUACCAGGCCCCAGGCCGUGCGCUGUCCGAGCCCUCUGAGCCGCCCCACUGACAACACCCCCGUUUACAGGUGAGGGGCGGCUGGUGCUCUCAGUAAGCAGCACGCAUUAAAGGGAAGAAAUACAAUGGUGUUUUGAAAUCUGCAAGUUCCUAAUGAAAUUUUUGUCCAUCAGGCCUUUACUGAGAUUUGAUUUUGUUUUGCUUUUUUAAUUAACAGCAGCAAUGAAUGGCCUCAUAUUUCUGAUGAAACAUUUAAUGACAUUCCCAUUUAGUCUGUGCCAAACACAGUCCUAAAAGUCAUUCAUUGAUUAUCUAGUUUGAUUCAGUCCUCAUAACAACCCUGUGAAAUUGGCAAUAGCAGUCCCUUUACAGAUGAGGCAGCUGGCUUGGAGCACUGGUAACCUGCCCAGGGUCACGCGGCUGGUGGGGAAGUUGGGCCUUGAACCUGGGCCUACCCAGCUCCAGAAUGGAGCUCACAGCCACUAGUCUCAGCUUUCUCCUAUGAGUACGUGCAAAGGCCCAGUGUCCCCUGCAUCCCUGCCACGAGCGUGGAAUUCAGCUGAAGGUCUGUGAGAAGAGGGAACCCUGAAAUGGAUACAAACAGAAGGGGCAGAAUUAGUUUGACCUUUAGGGAAACUGUAAGGGGAGUUUCUGUUGAGUCACAGUAGAAUUGAUUUUUUAUUUCUUUCCGGUGUCCCAACUAGCUUUAGCAGCGCUAUUCCAGCAAACUCGAAGAGUGAAGAAAAAAAGUCUUCUUUUCUUUUAAAAAAAUAAUUUUCUCUUGCUUAUGGUUAAUUCUAGAAAGGCAAUAUUAAAGGUAUAUAUUUUUUUCAAAAUGCUGUUUUUUACUGCACUGAUAAAUAUCAUGACAACUCUGGUCUCUGUCAUAAAUCCACUCUUCAGCUCUGGGUCGAGCCAGAUGCAGGAUUCACACCAAAUGUGUAAAUACCAUGUGUGGGUCUGGUGUCCAGAAACUUUUUUCUUUGUGUUUAAAAAAAAAAAGGAAGACAAGAUGACUCUUAAAAAGAGGAACAAAAUUAGGUUUUCCUUUAGAUAACCUUCUCAAAGAAAUGGAAAGCAAUAGUUGUAUAAACUGAGAAAAACCACCCAACUUUUAGGACCUGAGGAAAGAGAGCCUCUUGCCAAGGUAUGAGAUUAAUAGGGAUACAGAAGCAUUUUAAUUUUGGUUGAAAGGUGACAAGAAUUUAGAAAUACAUUAGAAGUCGAUUUUUAACUUUUUAGAAAACGACUAUAAUUUGGUAAACAUCUCAGUUGUUUUGGGUGGGAUUUUUGUUUCUUUUUUAAUUUUAAAAACUUUAUCAACUGACUCCAGGCUUGUUUGCCUAAAUUCUUAGGUAGUUUAUACAAGUUCUAGAAUCCCCUAGAACUUUAACUCCAUUGGAAGCAAACCCAACUAAUCAGAACUUGAGAUCCUUGUUGGUUUCCAUAGGUAUUCUGGAAUUCUGACAGAACACCUCAAGAUUUUUUAGAGAAGGUUUUAGAUACAUUAUCUUACACAAACUGUGACCUAAUGGCAAUAAUUACCUCAAAUGUGGGCAUUCAUCCUGGUUUUAGCCUUUUUUGAAAUCAUGUAGCCAGCUUGAUCCUGGGAUUUAAAAGACUAUGAACUCUGUGUGGGCUGAAAAUAAUGAUUACUGCACACCUUGGACAUUGUUGCUUAAGUGAAUUCUGAAAAUUUCUCAUCUUUACAACAAAAACUAAGUCAAGGAAGUGAUUAUUCUAUAGUGUUUUAAUCAAAUGUGAUAGUCAAAUGCACAUGUUAAAUAUAUAUGUUUUAGCUACUGUAAAAUGCUGUUAGUCUUUGGAGCUAUCGAGGGAGUCACAUUUUAAAUGCAUAAACUAAAUAAUUGAUUGUGGAUACUAAAGCAUAUUUCUGGCUACAUUUUAUAGUUAAAGUGUUUUAUAAUUUACAUUUAAACUGGUACUUUUUAAAGGAAAUUUCUGUUUAUAACUGACAUCUUCAAACCCCAGCAAUGGCCUCUUUGGUGGGAGGCCGUGUCCCCCAGGGCAGCUGUGUUCUCCCCGUGUUGCUGUCUGGCCUAACUUGGCAUUUCCCCCGGUUAACUAGUUUCCAUGUUAACUCGAGAGAAUGUGGAAGGAUUUCCAGGAUGAGUGUGAAAGGCUUCCACAGCCUGGGCCAGAUGCAAAGAUCUCAUGCUAUGUUGUAUAAACACUGUCUUCAAGGUCUCCUCGUUCACAUCUUGGAAGGGGCAGAGAGAACAGACACCUGGUUCGUUGAUUUUGUCUUGAUUUGAAUGUUUAACUGGUAUCAGUCCGCUGGGUUCAGUCACCAGGCAGUAGAAGACUCUGGGAUUCAGGUGGCCCCAUAGGCACAGCUGCUGUUUCUGGGCCCCCAGCAAUAUUCUGGUUGGUGUUUUGCAAGAGAGAGUCAUAUACCCCUUCACCUUAAUUCAUUGACUGAGUUUUCCAUAUAUCUACUGUCAUUUAUUCCUUUCCUCCUUUAAAACAAAAUAAAUGCAAAAGGAUGUCUGUACUUUUUACUCUGUCAAACUUCAAUUUGAAGCCUAGGUCAGUGGGAGCAGGACCCUGGACUCCUUCCUGGAGACUGUGCAUGCCACAGAGCAGGGGGCACCGAAGGGCAGCGGGGGUGGGGCCUGGCUCCCAUCACAGGGGACAUCCUACGUGUAAAGGCAAGAGAGCUACUGCAGAGCGGGGGCCCCCUGGUCCUGCAGGAGCAGACUGGGAAAUGCUGGCUCCCCAGUACUGGUUUGUGUUUUGUGUUCUCUUGUGCCACCACCAAAGUGCGAUGACCUGCAGUGAUCCAAAGGGCAUUCCUUUAGCAGAUAAGACCUUGAAAACUGCAAAACACCCAGGACCAGGGAACUGUGUGUGUGUGGUGUGUGUGUGUGGUGUGUGUGUGUUUAAUGCAUUUGCCUUUUCCCUGUGAACUCUAUUGAUAGUAUGUUCUUACUAGUUUUUUGUGAGAAAUGUUACUGUAGAACAUUUUCCAUCUUGCUCCCCUAAUUAUACUCCCACUUACCUCUGGUUGGUUUUUUCCUUUGCUUUAAUUAACCAAAUGAAUUUCAUGUCAUUGUCUUUUCAUUGUCUUUGGGGCUUAACCAUAUUUUUUUAAACUAGAGGUAUAGAAAUUGGCUUAAAAAAAAAAAGUAAAUACAUUGUAUCAGAAAAGGGCUCUGCCAUCUCCCCUCUCUAGUUCCCUUCCAACCCGUCUCCACGCAAAUGAGUCUCUCCUGGCACUGCCUCCCCACUGAGCCGGGUCACUGUCCCUGGGGCCACCCCGGCCUCCACCCUGCUGUCGCCAGAGCCCCACAGGCACCAAGGACUCCCAAGAAGCCCUCAAGAGCCAGGAAGAAGGACCCACUCGGCCUUGUGAGUGGUGUGGUCUUGCCUCCCUGUUAGAUACUUGCCCACUUGGUUGAAGGGGCAAUGGAUUUAUUAUUAUUAUUAUUAUUAUUGUUAUUAUUAUUAUUAUUAUUAUUAUUUUAAUAGUUUGGCUCAGGUUAUAAGGAAGAACUUGGGAAGUGGUAAGUGACUUGACCGGGCCCAUCCUCUGUGGCUUUCCGUGGCCUCUGAAGGGAACCUGAAGCGCCCCCGCCCCCUCCCCACCUCCUUCCAGGCAGAAUCCCCCGGCGCUGCCUCGGCUGCUCCCCAUCCAUGCACUUUCCACCCUUCCACUUCUGUGUUCCUGCCCAUUCAGCGCUUUCUUCCAUGGCUUUUCCAAGGCACAAUCACUUCUGGCCCCCAAAGCAUCUCCUCAUCCUCUAUGCGUGCAUUUUUUAACCAAAUGAAGUAGACCAGGAAGUCAUACUUUGGGGCAGCAGAACUUCUAGUUUAGUAGAAUCACUGUAUAGGUAUAGAUGUUGAUAUAUAUGUUUGUGUAUAUAUAUAUCAAACCAAAUGUCUGAUAGGAAAAGUAUAGCUUUACAGAUGAGGAGGAAGAGGAGCUUUUAGAAGUCAGAGUCAGUGCUGGCGGAUUAGGCGAGCCCGGGAUGUCCCCAGGCUGCACCUUCCAGACAAGGGCCUGAGGCGUGGCCCCGGGCUCUGGCCGCCCACCUCACCACAGGGGAGGCGGGGCGCCCGCAGGUGCCGCUGUUCUCUCUGGGUCCCCAGCAUCAAAGGCACCGAUGAGUGAGGUGGGGGACAACAAAUCAGAAUGACUGGAAUUUUCCAUCCCGUUUUGCUUUGACCGCAUGUAUUGAGCUGCAGCCUCUGAUAAUUAUAUCACGUUUCCAAAAGUGGUAUCCAUUAGGAUGGAAAGAGAACAGAUCUGUAGAAAUGUUUACCUUUCAACUGCCCAUGAAUUCAGGACACUCUGGAUAGGAAGACUCACUCCCCAGCAUGAGGACAGGGAGGGGGAGGCCUGGUGAUGCUCUGUCACCGGUCCCAGGAGCAAGGCUCCCUCCCAAGGUCAUCUCACCUAGAUCUUUCUCCCCCUGGUCAUCUCAGCUCAAUAACCCUACGAAAGCCCUGGUCUGUCGUGUUCCUUCACUGUAUGGUUUCUGUAAUAAAAAGUGUUAAUCCAUGUUAAUCUUUGUGAAAAUUAUUGCGUGCAACAGUAUUUUCUCGUGUACCUCUUUUUUCCGAUGUGAAUUGUCCCUCUUUUCUUUCUUAUUUAUAAAUGUCUACUUUUUUUAAAGACAAACCAAUGUGUUGUAGACCUAUAUGUAACCUAUCCCUUAGUCUCAUAUUAUAGGUAUGUUAUAAGAAUGGAUAUUUUACUUGGCUUUAGAAUGUUUUACAAGAAAAAUAAUUCUUAACUGGUCAAGUCCUUGCUACUAAAAUGCUUGUGUUUUUCAUCAUGAUGUCGUGUGCUUCUAAAUUAAUCAUUUUCGUUGUAGAAAAAUGGAGUGAAUUUAUAUUAGUCUUGGAAACUAAUAAUAGCAUUGUAAAUUUAUGAGAUGAUUUUAACAGAAAAAAUUAUAGAAGAAUAUAGUUAUUUUAAUUGUAAUAUUACUAACUGUAGGGUGAGAAAGGGGGGUCCCAUUGUGGUGAACUAUGUUAUAGCUUGUUACUCACAGUUUCUUUUUGAUCAUUUUUUCGGUCUCUGAGGUGAAACGAGUUAUUAAUUAAAAUUUGUAAACUCACAUAUGCAUAUUGUAUAUGUGUAGAAAUGUAAUCACACUUUGUCUUGGAAUUACAUUAAACUGUUUGGAAUCACUGUA